UUUAUUCUCAAGAAGAAAGAGAAAUGUCUUCGAGUGCUACUGAUUCUUCUUCUUCGAAGGGUAAGAGAAAAUUUGGGGAUAAACAAUUAAAAGUACUUAUAGUGGAUGAUGAUGACAUGUCUCACACAGCAUACAUACUAAUGCUUCAGAAGUGUGGAGUGGAGACAUUAUCAGUGAAUAAUGGAGAAGUUGCUGUUAGAAUUCAUGAUUUAACAGAAAUGCGUUUUGAUUUAAUCCUAAUGAGCUCUGUUAUGCCUAUGAUGGACGGUAUCCAGGCAACAAAAAAACUUCGGUCUAUGAGGAUUACAAGUAUGAUUGUGGGAAUGACAACUCUGUAUGACAAUGAAGACUAUCGCAAAGAAUUUAUGGAAGCUAGCCUUGAUGAAUGUUAUGAGAAGCCAUUGACCAUGGAGAUAUUUAAGAGCCUUAUUGAGAAGAUUUCCAACAAAGCUUAGAAAAAAGUCAACGCAUAAAGUGAUCUAUUAUUAAUUUAGAAGAAAUAAAUCACCUUAUAAUUAGAUUAAGGCUACUAGUACUAUACAUAUAGCUCUUUAGUCAUGUACUUGACCUAUACAAGUAAUAUUUUCAAAAUGGUGAGUCUUAAAGAUGUACUACUAGACAUAUGAUUAUG